GGUCAUGUGACGCGGUUGUUUAGAUUCGUUCCUGAUGUAACCCUCCCAAGAUACCGAACCGGGACCGGCCCGGGGGCGUGGCUUUUGAACAGCGGGGAUCUGGUGUGGGUGGUAAGGUGAGAAAGCGGGGCAGCCUCAUCCAGCAGCUCCUCAGUAUAUGCUACUUCCGGUCUGCCAAUUCAGUACUCACAGGCCCAACAGGUUCUGCUGUUGUGCCCAGAACUCCACAGUACCCCACUGGGGAUGGCGGCUGUGUGGCAACAAGUUUUAGCUGUAGAUGCAAGACCUGGUGACUCUCUCAGGUACAACGCUUACCGCACACCUGCACACCCGCAGUUCCGCACGCAGUACAUCAGGCGGCGCAGCCAGCUCCUCCGUGACAAUGCCAAGGCCGGCUAUGAACCAACGGUGCGACGGCAGUACCUAAAGCUGCGCAGCCAACUCCUGGCACAACGCUACGGCCCCUUAUCUGAACAGAGCAGCUUCCGAGCCCACAGUAACAGCAUUCGCAGCUCGCGCACCACCUUGGAUCGCAUGGAGGAUUUAGAGGAAGAACCUCGAUCCCAGGGAUCCCGUGGGCACAGGCGGUCUGUCAGCCGUGGCUCGUACCAACUGCAGGCACAAAUGAACCGCGUGGCACAGGAGGACAGAGCUCCGGGGAGCCUGGUGCCAACUCCAUUGGCAGAAGCAAGUCGGGCAAUGGCGGGAGAUACCACCCUGAGUGAGAAUUAUGCUUUUGCUGGCAUGUACCAUAUAUUUGACCAACAUGUAGACCAAGCAGUCCCUAAGGUGCAAUUUGCUAACGAUGACAAACACCUCCUGGCUUGUUGCUCCCUGGAUGGGACCAUCUCCGUGUGCCAGCUGGUGCCCACCCCUCCAUCAGUGAUCCAGACUCUUCGGGGGCACACCCAAACUGUUAGUGACUUUGCCUGGUCACUAUCCAAUGAUAUCAUUGUCUCCACCUCACUGGAUGGCAGCAUGCGAAUCUGGAACACCCAGGACGGCCGCUGCAUUCGCCAUAUUCCUGACCCGGACGGUGCUCAGUUGUUGUGCUGCACUUUUCAGCCAAUCAAUAACAAUCUGACAGUGGUUGGCAACGCGAAGCACAACGUUCAUGUAAUGAACAUCUCUACUGGUAAGAAGGUGAAGGGAGGAAGCAGUAAGCUAACUGGCCGGGUGCUUUCGAUGUCGUUCGACUCCGCUGGGCGGAUCCUUUGGGCUGGCGAUGAUCGUGGCAGUAUUUUUUCCUUCCUCUUUGACAUGGCAAGCGGCAAGCUGACCAAGGCCAAACGGAUCGUAGUGACAGAAGGUAGUGCUAUAACCAGCAUCUCUGCCCGUUCUUGGAUCAGCCGAGAGGCCAGGGACCCCUCACUGCUGGUGAAUGCUUGCAUCAAUAAACUGCUCUUGUACAGGGUGGUGGAUAACGAGGGCACCUUGCAAUUGAAACGGACUUUCCAAAUUCAGCAGUCGUCACAUGCCAUUCGCAGCAUCUUCUGCCCUCUCAUGUCCUUCAGACAGGGAGCCUGUGUAGUGACCGGCAGCGAGGACAUGUGCGUUUACUUCUUCGAUGUCGAAAGAGCCACUAAAGCCAUUGUGAAUAAGCUCCAGGGACACAGUGCAGCCGUCCUUGGUGUAAGCUUUAACUGCGACGAAAGCCUGCUUGCUUCUAGCGAUGCCAAAGGGAUGGUGAUCAUCUGGAGACGUGAGCAGAAAUAACAAGCUCCCACCACCCUCCUGCCAGAAGUCACCCCAUUACAGGCUGAGCAGAGAAGCCUCACACUACAACCACUCCCACUUUACAUUUAAUUUAUAUUUCUGUGCAUUCAAUAAAUAUAUCACUCUAAGCA